GGUCAGUGGAGCUAUUCUAACUAGACAUUAACCUCACGCACCAAAGUCCAUGUGAUUAGCAAGCAAAGCGAUAUUAGUAAUCUCACCUCAGGUCAGUACGCUCAGUGUAACAUCCUCAGCUCAUACAGGCAGACCUCCCUGAGACUCAUGGCUAUAGAGAAGAUGGAGAUGGGUGAAGUCGGGACAUCUCUUAUGUCCUCAGAGACUAAGCCUCCUCCAGCGAGACCUCCUAACAAAUUUGAGAGGUUAUUUCAGCCCUGCCUGGCCGAGUUGGUGGGAACUACUUUCUUUGUGUUCAUCGGGUGUGUGUCGGUGAUAGAGAAUGUGGAGUCUGCAGGGAGGCUUCAGCCGGCUCUGGUGCACGGGCUGGCUGUAGCCGUCAUGGUGGCCUGCAUGGCUGAAAUCAGUGGAUCCCAUUUCAACCCACCAUUCACCCUGGCCAUUUAUCUCUGUGGAGGGAUGGAGUUGAACAUGGUGGCUCCUUACCUUGUAUCCCAGUUGGUUGGAGGUGUGCUUGGAGCUGCUAUGGCAAAGGUGAUGACCUCCAGGGAAAACUUUUCCAAAGCCAGCGGGGCUGCGUUUGCUCUGCUGCAGACGGACAGUGAUAUCGGAGCCGCUGUGUUUGGAGAGGUUGCUAUGACCUGCCUCGUCACCAUGGUGGUGCUGCUGGGGGCCGUCAACACCACCACCAGAAGCCCCAUGGUGCCAUUUAUGGUGGGCUGCACUGUUAUCAUCAACAUUCUGGCUGGUGGAGAUGUUUCUGGCACAUGUCUGAACCCAGCCAGAGCCUUUGGUCCGGCCAUCGUGCACAACUACUGGGUUUAUCACUGGGUGUACUGGGUGGGUCCCAUCACUGGAGGCCUGAUUGCAGCAGUACUGGUUCGACUGCUACUUGGCGACAGGAAGAUUCGACUCAUUCUGAAAUGAGACUUGUCGGUAAAUCAAUAGGUGGCUUUAUCAUCUAAAGUCACAAGAUAACCCUUUUUUAUGUGCCACUGAUAUGCUUGAUAUGCUUUGCUUUACAAUAAAAUUAGACUUUUUCAUAUAAUUUAAGGUACUUCUUAAAUGAUCUAUGAGUGCUGGAGUUUGUUUUUAAAAAGUGUGUACAGAAUAUAAUAUUAUGCUUAGCUUAAAGGUCAAUUUAAUAUCAAACCAAGUUGUAGAUGAUUAGUAAACUGAGUCUCUAGUUUAGAAAAACACAUUCUGGUUUUGUUUUUGUAGUUCCUUGAUUCUGUGUAUUAUUUAAGAACACAAGGACAUUAGGAAAAUUGAGUUUUCCAGCAGGUGCAUGAGUCACAACAAUAUUAUAGAGCUUUAGAUAAACUCUCAAACUAAUUAACUUUUGAAUUGAGAAGCACAUUUACAAAAAAAAGCCUUGAGCUAAAAUUAAAUUACUUCAAAUUUCCAAACACAAAUGGCGCCUACCGUCUAAAGGAGACCAAAUGGCAACCUUUUGAAAGCCAGGAGACAUCUCUGCUCAGCUUUGUGUCCUGCGGACCCUGUCCCUGUUCUCCACAGCCGGAGCCGUGAAUGCCUGUUCGGCACUGGAGGGUAUCAUGCUGUUCCCAUAUUGUACCCCUGGGCCUCCCCACAGCAGUGGCCCACAUGGGAAAGCAGGCCAGGCGGUGGGAUAAACCAAUUACCCCCCCGAGUCUGGAUGGACUCCUGCCGGCGCUCCAUGCAGCGGCUCCCGGCCCGGGCCCUCCUGGGCUCCUUCCCCAUGAGAGCCAGCUGGAAUUCCCAGAGAUGAGAAUUGUGCGGUCUCAAAAGCCUGCAGAGAGGCUAUACUUUUGCUUGGAAAUUUGACAUGCUGGCCCCCUGGGUCAAUAGUGAGGGAGGAGACUUCAAACUGAGCUUUUGCAGAUUAAGAAAGGUUUAAGGAAAACUUGAUUUUUGUCUGACACCUUUGAAAAUAAGAUUUUUUUGCAACCCUUGUCUUUUAUGCUUAAAACUUCAGUGUACACUCUCAUGUGUCCAAUCUAAAACGUUUUGGUCCAGAAAUAGCAGUGUCUAAAUAAUAAUUUGUCCAUAAUAAAACUAUUAAAUGCC